UAUUUGCCUAUCAAACUCUUCAUUACCAGACCUCCUCUCAUUUCUCAAGCUUCUGUCUCUCACUCAUGGCAUCUCAAGAUAGAGGGCGUGCAUUGCCCAAGUUUGGAGAGUGGGAUGUAAAUAACCCAGCAACAGCCGAAGGAUUUAGUGUAAUAUUCAACAGGGCUCGAGAUGAGAAGAAGGCCAGCAGUGAUGGUGGGAAAACUUCGACCCCCCCAAGAAAUGACAGUGUGUACAAAACAAGUGAUUACUCUCAGUAUUCUCCAAAGAGAAAGUGGCUAUGCUGUGGUUGAAGCCACUUUCAUCUUUCAGAGACUUGAUAUUAGGUGGACCAUUGCAAUUUCUUGCUUUGUAUUUUCUUUUCAAAAAUUUCUUUGAUUAGUAUCAGUAAAUGGAAAUUUGACAUAAAUUUUUCGUGGGAGUUAUUAACAAACUCAGGCGGUCAUUGGUUUUAUGAGUUCUUUUGUUGGGUCGUAUAAGCUCAAACAUCAUUUCUCUUAAUAUACUAUGCUGUUAUCUUCAUUUCAUGUAUGGCAAUAAAAUGAGGAAGCCUCAAAU